CCUGAACCUGGUGUCCAGUCUCUGCAGAACCUGUGAGGAGCACUAUAUCUUUUUUAGCUCUCAGAAACAGACUGACCUCAUACAACUGCUGCAAAACAGAAAAGUAUGAAGUGGUGUGUGCUUUUUUGGGGGUUGUUUUUAUGCUUUCUUGCCAAUAAUCUCAGUGGUGCCAGAUUCAUUCCUGAAGGAGUACCCUACGAUGAGCCUCCAGCAGUGCCCUACUGGCCAUAUUCCACCUCCGAUUUCUGGAACUAUGUGGAAUACUUCCGCAGCAUUGGGGCCUACAACCAGAUCAGUGAAAUGGCCAGAACUUUCUUUGCCCAUCAACACUUGGGCGACACGCUGGGCUAUGAAGUGGCAGAGCAUGAUCACUGAGUGGAUGUAAUUAGAUCAUAUAUGAGUAUUUAGUUAAAUGUCAUUAGAAGCUAACAAUAAAUCCCUAUUUAUAAGCAAGUAGAAAUAUCACUUAACGCAUUCAUAGCCUUAGAAUGAUGCAUUUACAUUGUUAGCCAUAUCUUUAAAAGUACUACCAUUAAAAUAAUAUGUUAUGUAUUAUUAGAUUCAUUGUAUGGUAUUUUUCUAGCCUGCCUUUGCAAGUGCAAUGUACUGCAUCAGAAAAAAAGAGAAGGGGAGGGGGAAAUGGAAAUGUUGUGUGUGUGAAACAUUCAGUAUUAUGUAAAUAAACAAUAAAAUGUCAUCCUGAUGCAUAAAAAUGCUUUUAAUACACUACAAUGAAAUUAAAGGGAUAGUUCACCCAAAAAUUUAAAUUCUUUAAUCAACUCACCCUCAUGUCACCCUAGAUGUGUAUGACUUUCUUUCUUCUGCAGAACACAAAGAGUUUUAUAAAAACUAUCUCAGCUCUCAAUCUCCACCUCCACAAAGAAUGUGAAUCGCCAAAACAAAAGUAGUACUAUGGGAAGUGGAGAUUUAUAGUGAAAAAAAAGGACUUGAUCUGUUUCUCACUCAGACCUAUCAUAUCACUUCUGAAGACAUGGAUUUAACCACUGGAGUCAUAUGGAUUACUUU